AUGUCGGUAUACGCAAAAAAAAUAGAAUCGAUACGCAAUCACUAUGCACACAAAAUAAAGACACACCCGUAUAAUGCAGCAAUAUACGUUGAAUUUGCACUUUUUGAAGAGCUCCUGAAUGAAUACGAACGCGCGAGAGAAAUUUAUGAGAAAGCCACAACAAACAACCAUAACAACACCAAUCUGUGGAAGAAGUAUGCGUGCUUCGAAUUAAGACGGUGUGAUACGAACAGAUGUCGUUCGAUACUGGAACAGGGUGUGCAAACCAAUCCAAGGGAAAUAAGUCUGUGGUUAUUUUUCGUUGAGGUUGAAAAGGACAUGGAAAAUGUUAAAGGUGUAAUUGAUAUUUAUAACAGAAUGGUCGCAGAAAAUGACACAGAGGAGGGUUACUGGCACUUAUAUAUGUUUUAUUCAAUGGUUGAUCGCAGGUUGGCUGAGGAAAUCUUAGAAAAAAUGGAUAAUAGAUUCGGUAGUACGAAAAUAAAAGUGGAAAAGCUCAUAAAGAUGAGUGAUAUCAGCGCUGUUGAGUCUCUGAUGAAGCAGUGGGAUUGUAUUGAUGAAAAAACAUAUGUAAAAGUAGUUGAAGUGCUUGAACAAAGAAAGCUUCUUCAGGACGCAUUCCAAUUCAUCAAGAGAGGUAAAUACAGGUUUGGUAGCUCAUUCUUCAAGCACAAAUAUAGAAUAAUGAGGAAAGUGAUUGCAGAUGAAGAUGAUAAUGCGCAUUGCAGUAAACUGCUGUGUGAAGCGGCUCUGCUGGAGAAAAAACAGGAUUUAUCUGGUGCUGAACAGAUAUACAAAUGCUUACUAAGGGUGAUUAACAGAGAAUAUCGGACAAAAUCAUUUGUUAAGUAUUCGAAAUUUCUAGUAAGAAGGGAAGAGUUGCAGUUGGCGAGGAAAAACUACGGAAAAGCGAUCGCACAACACUUGGAUGUUUACGAAGAAUAUUUGAGUAUGGAACGGGUGUUAGGCGACAAGGCGAGAAUAAGAAGAAUUUAUGAAAAGUACCUGCAGGAUAGCUAUAUGGAUGCACGUGUCUGGCUCGAGCUCAUUGAAUUUGAA